AUGACACGUUCCCUAGGAACCACGUCGACAGCUCAAGGACGACCACAAAAACAAGAUGCGAGGAUACUGCAUCUAGACGACCGGUCGCAAUGGCUCGCGUGGAAAACCGCCGAGAUGCUCUUCACCCUCCUCCUUAGCAAGCAGCUGCGCCGGCGCUGGCUGCUAGAGCAUGAGCAUGUGCAGUCGACCCCGGUCUCGCAGAGACUGCAGCCGGUCGCGCUUCUCGAACCGGUCUCCACCCCGGCGGGCUGGUCCAAAUCGAGAGGGACGAGCGCUGCUGAAAUGGAGGCCCUUAAGUACCACGUGCGGCUACUGCGCGCCAGUGCAGAAAAAGGCAAGGAGCUAGUUGCGGAGAUGGAGCGGAGGAUCCAGCGGGGCGAUCCGACGAGCUUCUGCCAUUCCUGCGUCGCAGACGAUGAUCGCGAGGUAUUUCUCACCAAGUGUGGGCAUCGGGUCUGCCUCACCUUUUUGUAUCUGGGAGGCGGACGCUUGGGCCACGGGGACGGUGAUAUUUCCGCGUGCCAGAGCCUGCAGACUACCUCCUUGACUACUGUUUCGCUCUUUAUUAAAGUGGUCGUUAUCAGAACGACCAUGUAA